GCCAAUCAGGAAAAAGCUUUCACGGGUCUCUAGGCAGAUGAUCGUGUCAGCAGCCAAUGAGGUGGUCGGACCAAGGGAGCGGGGACUGACAGAGUGUCAGCGUCAGAGUCCCGUGGAAAACAUCAGUCUCCGUUCGAAAUCCCUCAGCAAAAGAUGCCGAACAAAAGCAAGAGAGAGAAGGAAACAAGCAAAUGUACCAAAAGCAGUCCAAAAAGCGCAGACGCUAACGUCAGCACCAACAAAGAUGUUUCCAUGGACAGCGCUGCUGAUGAGAGCGUCGGUCAGCGUCCCGGUGGCAGUGUACCGCCUCCCACUCAGCUGCACAAGAUCAAAUAUUGUGGAGGUCCUCAAGUGGUGAAGAAGGAACGACGUCACAGCUCAUCUCGCUUUAGUGUGAGCAGGAACAGAGAACUCCAGAAACUACCUGCUCUUAAAGAUGCUCCAGCCAUGGAUCGUGAGGAACUCUUUGUGCAGAAGUUGCAACAGUGCUGCGUACUCUUUGACUUUGUGAGCGACCCGCUUAGCGACCUCAAGUUUAAAGAAGUCAAGCGAGCGGGGCUCCUGGAGAUGGUCGACUACAUCACGCACAACACGGACGUGCUCAGCGAAUCCAUCUACCCGGAGGCCGUCAUCAUGUUUUCAGUCAAUUUGUUCCGGACUCUUCCUCCGUCCUCCAAUCCGACCGGAGCAGAGUUUGACCCUGAGGAGGACGAGCCAACGCUGGAGGCUGCCUGGCCACAUCUGCAGCUGGUUUACGAAUUCUUCCUUCGCUUCCUGGAGUCUCCAGAUUUCCAACCCAACAUCGCCAAGAAAUACAUGGACCAAAACUUUGUUUUGUCGCUGCUGGAGCUGUUUGACAGCGAGGACCCUCGUGAACGAGACUUCCUGAAGACCAUCCUGCACCGGAUCUAUGGCAAGUUCCUGGGUCUUCGCGCCUACAUCCGUCGGCAGAUCAACAACAUCUUCUACAGGUUCAUCUACGAGACGGAGCAUCACAACGGCAUCGCUGAGCUGCUGGAGAUCCUGGGCAGCAUCAUCAACGGAUUUGCUCUCCCGCUCAAAGAGGAGCACAAGAUGUUUCUGAUCCGAGUCCUCGUCCCGCUUCAUAAGGUCAAGUCCCUCAGUGUCUACCACCCACAGGUCAGAGCUGAACCGCUCCUAAGCUACUUCCUGUUUCCUGUUUGGGGAAAACGAAAUGGGGACAUAAUGUGUGUGUGUUCUGUGUCACAGCUGGCGUACUGUGUGGUCCAGUUCCUGGAGAAGGACAGCGGCCUGACAGAACCGGUGAUCAUGGGGCUGCUGAAGUUCUGGCCCAAGACUCACAGUCCCAAGGAGGUGAUGUUCCUCAACGAGCUGGAGGAGAUCCUGGAUGUCAUUGAGCCGACAGAGUUCAUCAAAGUCCAGGAGCCGCUCUUCAGACAACUGGCCAAGUGUGUGUCCAGCCCCCACUUUCAGGUGGCAGAACGUGCGCUCUACUACUGGAACAACGAGUACAUCAUGAGCUUGAUCAGUGACAACACGGCCAACAUUCUUCCCAUCAUGUUCCCCGCUCUCUACAAGAACUCCAAGAGCCACUGGAACAAGACCAUCCACGGCCUCAUCUACAACGCGCUCAAACUUUUCAUGGAGAUGAACCAAAAGCUGUUUGACGACUGCACUCAGCAGUACAAGAGCGACAAACACAAGGAAAAACACAAGAUGAGGGAGAGAGAAGAAGUCUGGCUGAAACUGGAAGACCUGGCGAGACACAAUCCUCAGAGCAACAAACUCCUCCCUCUCCGCCCUGGACUCCACCCACAAGAAGCGAUGGCGUCCUGCUCGGUAAGCGGGGAUGCAGACGUCCUGACACUGGAGGACAUUCAGCUGCUGAAGAAGACAGUGGCGAGCCAAGCAGCGCUGGUGGUGAAGGACGCCAAGAAGGACAAGGUGGUGAUGAGGAGGAAGUCGGAACUCCCGCAGGACGUUUACACCAUCAAAGCUCUGGAGGCGCACAAGAGGGCUGAGGAGUACCUAACAGCCAAUCAGGAGGCUCUCUGACUGAGGGAGGCGGUCCACGAUGCCGCCCCCGUCCCCAUCCUGGCUUUGAGGCCAUCGUGGAGGAAGUUGACCAGAGCGCCAUCAGGGCGGAGCUAGAUGCAAGCACCUGCUAAGCUCCGCCUCCUGGUGGCAGAGCUGCUCGGCCUGCAACUGCUCGGCAAGCUUGGCGAGCGCAAGGACGGACGGUAGGCCACACACACUUGAAGCCGUCUCUGCCUGGAGUCGACUUCAGGUGCUUGUGAGGCGCCAAGUGUGGUCACAUGACGCCAACGAAUCAAGUUCGCUGUGUGAGGCUUUGAGAUCUGGAUCAAUUGUGAUUACUUCACCGUCACUCCACCAGUGGGCGGAGCCAGCAAACCAGCCGUCAAUGCUGCUGCCCCUUGUGACUGGGACGUGUUACUACAACUUUGAUGUCCAAUACAUGUCACAUGACCUCCUUUCAACAUUGUGAUUGGUCCGCACAUGAAAGCUCCAUGAAAUACAAAACAGAUCCUCCUGGUUUGUAGACUUGGUGUCCGCAUGGAACACAGCAGCAUCGAUCAACACAUCCUCGAUAUCGUUUGUCCGGCAUGUUCUAUAAUAUGCAAAACUAGUCUUGGAAUAUUGUUUUAAUUUUUAAUAUCGAUCAUCCUGAUUAUCACCCAAUGCAGGACUCUUACCUGCCGGGUUCAUCACACACAUGCACAAAGAUAAAAAUACAUACUGUUGAGACAAAGUCAAAUAGGGAUUUAAGGAAUGAUUUGACAUUUCCAUCACGACACAAACAGCGUGACUCGCCAGGGCGUUCCGGUUGUGGCGUUCAGGUGUUGUUGCAGUGGGUACGCUGCAUGGCGGCAAUGCCGUGGCGGCUAUGCAGGGUCCGCUGCACAACGUCCCGCCACUGGUCGUCUGAGAUCUCCCGGGCCCACGGCGGAACACCCAGCGACGGCAACGCCACCGCCGCCAUGGUCCUUUUCACCAGCUCCACGUGAGCUAGGGGAGCACACAGGAAGUAA